AUGUGGCUGAGUCGCGCCAUUGUCGAGAGCAUGUCAAGGCUGAGGAAGCAGUUGAAGGCUGUGUUGAAGAGACGGAAUGAUGCUACGCUCAUCAUCCCUUUGGCUGGCGCAGCUGCCAGAGCCGCAGAUGGCACAUUUGAAAGACGAGCGGGAGAGGAAAGUGGAAGUGUUGUGAAGAUUUAUAUCGGGAAGAAGCAUUUCUUGGAGACUUUUGGUAUAUUGGAUGGGCCCAACUUAGGGAACAAGUCUACGACAGGAAAGGCACCUACUUGCGCAGGGUAUGAGGAGAAUAGCGGAGGGACGAUUAACCGAAUGAAACUGGGUAUUUGGAGGGUUGAGGAGUUUAAAUUUUGA